CCCUAGCCGCGUCGACUUGCAAUUUUCAAUUUUCAAUUUUCAAUUGCAAUUUCGCGUGGAGGAUAAAGACUCAGAGUAAAAUCUAACAUUUUCUCUUCUGGGUCGAGAAAAAAAAUGAAAGAUUCGCAGAAGAGAGGACGCAAACACAAAAGACAAGAUGCUUCAUCGGCGGAAAACGCCGGCGGCGAAGUUAAAGAAAGUUCGGUAAUACAGAUGAACGAAUCGGCGUCGCCUCAAUCCCCUGAGCCUGUUUCGGCUUCCGAAACCAACCCAUCUCCGUCGCGACGCAACCGCGGGAGAGGCAAGAAGCGCCGAUUGAACAACCAAUCUGAAACCACCGAACGCCGCAGCCAGAGGUCGUCUCUUCCUCAUCACCCUGACCAGAAGAACGGCGAUUGCAGCAAUGGGAUUAUUGUUUCAACGACAACGAUAGCGGAAUCGAUCCCUGCUCCUCCGAGCUGGGAAACGGUGGUGAAAGUUGCGCCUUCGAUGGAUGCUGUGGUGAAAGUCUUUUGCGUUCACACCGAGCCUAAUUUCUCGCUGCCGUGGCAAAGGAAACGACAGUAUAGCUCCGGUAGCAGUGGCUUCAUUAUCGGAGGAAGAAGGGUUUUGACAAAUGCACAUUCCGUUGAGCACCACACGCAAGUCAAGCUCAAGAAACGUGGCUCUGACACAAAGUAUCUAGCUACAGUCUUGGCCAUUGGAACUGAAUGUGACAUUGCAUUGUUGACUGUUACUGAUGAUGAGUUUUGGGAAGGAGUAUCUCCUGUGGAGUUUGGAGAUUUACCAGCUUUGCAUAAUGAUGUGACUGUUGUUGGUUAUCCAAUUGGUGGAGAUACAAUCUCUGUAACAAGCGGUGUUGUUUCGCGUAUGGAGAUACUGUCUUAUGUACACGGCUCGACCGAGCUUUUGGGCUUGCAGAUUGAUGCAGCUAUUAAUUCUGGGAACUCUGGUGGUCCUGCAUUUAACGACAAGGGAAAAUGUGUCGGUAUUGCUUUUCAGUCUUUGAAACACGAAGACGCCGAGAAUAUUGGUUAUGUCAUACCCACGCCGGUGAUUAAACAUUUCAUUCAAGAUUAUGAGAAGCAUGAUAAGUACACAGGUUUUCCUGUUAUUGGGAUUGAAUGGCAGAAGAUGGAAAAUCCAGACUUGCGUAAGAAAAUGGGAAUGGAAUCUCAUCAAAAGGGUGUGCGGAUCAGAAGAAUUGAGCCAACGGCCCCUGAAUCACAAGUUUUGAAGCCAUCCGAUAUUAUCCUCAGCUUUGAUGGAGUUAACAUUGCUAAUGAUGGAACUGUUCCAUUUAGGCACGGCGAACGAAUUGGCUUUAGUUAUCUUAUAUCUCAAAAGUACACUGGAGAUUCUGCUCUUGUGAAGGUUCUGCGUAACAAAGAAAUACUCGAGUUCAACAUAAAACUUGCAAUCCACAAGAAGCUAAUCCCUGCACACAUAAGUGGCAAACCUCCCUCUUACUAUAUCGUUGCUGGCUUUGUUUUUACAACUGUCUCUGUUCCAUAUCUUCGAUCUGAGUAUGGAAAAGAAUACGAAUUUGAUGCACCUGUCAAGCUUUUGGAUAAACAUCUUCAUGCAAUGGCUCAAUCCGUGGACGAGCAGCUUGUUGUAGUUUCACAGGUUCUAGUUUCUGACAUUAACAUUGGUUAUGAAGAUAUUGUCAAUACCCAGGUUCUUGCUUUCAAUGGCAAACCUGUGAAAAACUUGAAAAGUUUGGCUGAGAUGGUGGAGAAUUGUGAUGAUGAAUACAUGGAGUUUAAUCUUGAUUAUGAUCAGCUUGUUGUUCUGCAAACUAAGACAGCAAAGGAGGCAACUUUAGAUAUUCUGACCACACAUUGCAUACCUUCUGCUAUGUCUGAUGAUCUCAAGACUUGAAAAGAAACUGAACAGUCGCAGCCACAAACAAACAUGGAAGGUCAGAGAGAGAGAGAGAGAAAGGGAGAGUGAGAGAGAGGAGAGAGAGAAUGAGAGAUUUUGCUUCAUGGAAGGGACACAUAAGCAAAUACAGAGUCAUGGAAGACAAAAAAGAGUCUCGAAAGCUCGAACCAUAUCUUUAAUCUUCUUUGAUUCUUAUACUGUUACCCUUAUGUAUAGGGAAAAUUUGCAAGACGAAUCACGAAGCAUAGAAAAAACUCAAAAAGUCUUAAAAUGAAGUAUGUGUCUCAGAUUUCUGUUUUGUAACUUCUACUUUUUUAAAAAAUUCAAAGUGUUUUUCUUCUUCUUU